AUGGGCAAUCCGAUUCCUACUCGUCGAUCUGCUCGUCUGUCGAAUUGUCUUUCAAAGACUCCAGCUACCAAAAAUGACCCAGACCCAGAACUGACCCACUCUGCCAGUGUCGAACCAUGUGAUCCGAAGACUACCUCUAGGAAUAAAAGGAAACGCGUCGCCGAUGAUGAGCUGCCAACAGCCGUAGCGCAAGGGCCUAGAACGGUCCGACGUGGUCAUUCAAAUUCCAACAAGGCUGUCAAGGAAGAGCCGGUGGUCCGGGUUGCCAAGCGUACAACAUCUCUAUCCUCGCACUACUUCAAAGGUGAUAAGUCGGAAAGCGCAAAGAAUGACAGCAAGGUCGAGUCCCUGAAAGACGCGUUGGACAAGGAUACUUGUGAAGAAAGCGAUGUUCAGGCUUCUAGAAACACCACUACAACGAAGGACAAGGCAAAAGCUACCCGAGCCGAGAGUUCGCAUCAUCUUGAUGCCGACAAGGGAAAAGCUUCUCGGGCCGGGACUGACGCUCCUGAUAGCGACGACAUAAGUCUUGUUGACCGGGCACGUGCGAUGAAAAGUAAACUACUCAAGGCGCAGGAGGAAGCUGCAACCAUCCUGCAAUCCGCCAAAACCUGCAAAUUAAAAGGCAAGGGAAAAGCACGUCAAAUCGACACCACAUCUGAAGAGGGGAGCGAAAGUGAAGAUAAAAUUGCACUUACUCGCCCACGUACAAACGGUCGAAGGUCGGCUCUCAGCCGCUCCAAACUCUUGGAAAGCGACGAGGACCCCUCGGAGAUAGAGUCAGAAAUGGUCAAAGCUGCAAUCGAGCUAUCCAAGAAAGAUUCCGUUGCCGCCACCUCUCGUCCAAAGGGGUCUAGUUCAACGAAGGUAGCAUCUACGAAUAGCCGAAGGGUUCGAGCAGCGAUCGACAAAGAGGAUGACGAAGACUCGGAUUUCGAAGCCGAUUCUGAUCACGAGAUAGACUCAAGCCUUUCCACGCUCGACUCCGACUCCGAUAGUAGCGAUGAAAGUAAUAGCCCUCAAAACCGUUCUCACAAGUCUUCUAAACCUGCAGUUUCUCCGAAAGCUAAACGACCACGAACCCGUCGCGUCAAGAUCCCAAAACACCUAACAUGGUGGGAGAAAAACCAGAUCAAACUUGAGACUCAUCAUCCGGAACUAGUCAACGUGUGGGGUGAUCUCAGUGAAAAAGUCAAAGUGGUUGAACCUUCCAAAGCUGAACAGCCUGAUGGACUUGAGUUGACUCUGCUGCCAUUCCAGCUGGAAGGCCUGUACUGGAUGAAAAAGCAAGAAGCUGGGCCUUGGUCUGGCGGCGUACUAGCCGAUGAGAUGGGCAUGGGAAAAACAAUCCAGACGAUUGCCUUGAUCCUCUCCGACCGAGUUCCAGGUCAUCGAAAACAGACUUUGGUUAUCGCACCCACAGUCGCCAUCAUGCAAUGGCGUAACGAGAUAGAGAAAUUCGCCAAGGGUCUCACCGUUAAUGUUUGGCAUGGCGGAAACCGUUCGAGCGCCCAGGAAGAGAUGGAAAGCUUUGAUGUAGUUUUAACUUCAUUUGCCGUUUUGGAAUCUGCUUUCAGACGACAGAAUUCCGGAUAUCGUCGCAAGGGACAAAUUCUCAAGGAAUCUUCUUUACUCCACCAAAUCGAAUGGCACCGUGUCAUUUUGGACGAAGCCCACAAUAUCAAGGAUCGAUCCUGCAAUACCGCCAAAGGAGCUUUCGAAUUGAAGGCGAAAUAUAGAUGGUGCUUGAGUGGGACACCACUCCAAAAUCGAGUCGGUGAACUUUAUAGUUUGAUCAGAUUCUUGGGCGCCGACCCGUUCAGCUACUACUUUUGUAAACUUUGCGAUUGCAAAAGUUUACAUUGGAGCUUCUCAGACCGAAGGUCUUGUGAUCAAUGCAAGCAUUCGCCCAUGCAGCACAUUUGCUUCUGGAACAACGAAAUUUUGAAGCCAGUUCAAAAGUAUGGUGCCUCCGUGGUCGGCAGUCACGGACACACAGCAUUCAACAAGCUGAAAGUCUUGCUUGAUCGAAUGAUGCUACGACGAACCAAGUUGGAAAGAGCUGAUGACUUGGGGUUGCCACCCAGAGCCGUUUUGGUUAGACGUGAUUACUUUACCGAAGAAGAGGAAGAGCUCUAUUCUAGCUUGUAUAGUGACGUCACACGCAAGUUUAGUACGUACGCUGAUGCCGGUACAGUUCUUAACAACUACGGGAAUAUUUUUCAGUUGAUCACCCGGAUGCGACAGAUGUCCAAUCACCCUGACCUUGUCCUUAAAUCUCGCGCCGCUCAGGCUGCUUUCAAGACCAUUGGCGAUGCCAACGCGCCGAAUACCGACCUUAAUCAAUUGACGUCAAUACAAACAUGCCGCAUAUGUCUCGAUGAAGCGGAGGAUGCAAUAAUCAGUCGAUGUCGACACAUAUUCUGUCGUGAAUGUAUUCGGCAAUAUUUAGAAACGGCUACCGAACAGGAGCCAGAAUGUCCAGUUUGUCAUUUACCCAUCACGAUUGAUCUCUCCCAGGAUGCUCUCGAAGACGAAAACAUGGGCUCAAAAGCCAGGCAAGGUGUUCUUGAUCGAUUAGAUCCUGGCAAGUGGAGAACCAGCACCAAAAUCGAGGCCUUGGUAGAAGAACUGAGCAAACUCAAUCAAUCUGAUCAUACGAUCAAAUCGAUUGUAUUUUCACAGUUCACAGUCUUUUUAGAUCUAAUCGAGAGGCGAUUACAAUUGGCAGGGUUCAAGUUAGCCAGAUUGCAAGGCAACAUGACUCCAGAGGCAAGGAAUCGAACUAUACAAUACUUCAUGAACAACAACGAUGUUCAAGUGUUUCUAGUGUCCCUGAAAGCUGGCGGUGUCGCGCUCAACCUGACUGAGGCUUCUAGAGUUUUCAUCAUGGAUCCUUGGUGGAACCCAGCCGUUGAGCUCCAAGCUAUGGACAGGAUUCAUCGUUUAGGUCAACAUAGGCCGGUGGUGGUCACGAGGCUAAUAAUUGAAAACAGCAUCGAGUCCCGAAUUGUUGAAUUACAAAAGAAGAAGGAAGCCAUGACAGGAGCGGCUUUAGGCGAUGAUGACCAAGCUUUGGGUAGAUUGACACCCGAAGAUCUCUCAUUCUUGUUCACCUUAUAG